AUGAAAGUCAGACAACACAUUGAUGCUGUGGCCAGGUUUACAGGGAUUAAGACAGCAAUUUUAGUUGGUGGAAUGUCCACACAAAAGCAGCAGAGGAUGCUGAAUCGCCAUCCAGAGAUUGUGAUCGCCACCCCUGGUCGACUCUGGGAGUUAGUUAAAGAAAAACAUCCUCAUUUAAGCAACCUUCGGCAGCUCAGGUGCCUCGUGAUAGAUGAGGCUGAUCGAAUGGUUGAGAAAGGCCAUUUUGCUGAGCUCUCCCAGCUUCUAGAGAUGUUAAAUGACUCCCAGUACAACCCCAAUCGACAAACUCUUGUUUUUUCUGCCACACUGACCCUGGUACACCAAGCUCCUGCUCGAAUCCUUCAUAAGAAGCAUGUGAAGAAAAUAGAUAAAACCGCCAAACUUGACCUUCUCAUGCAGAAGAUUGGCAUGCGGGGCAAGCCAAAAGUUAUUGACCUCACGAGGAAUGAGGGUACAGUGGAGACCCUGACAGAGACCAAGAUCCACUGUGAGACAGAUGAGAAAGACUUGUAUCUCUACUAUUUCCUCAUGCAGUACCCAGGCCGCAGCCUGGUGUUUGCCAACAGCAUCUCCUGCAUCAAACGCCUCUCUGGGCUCCUCAAGGUCCUGGACAUCAUGCCGCUGACUCUGCAUGCCUGCAUGCACCAGAAACAGGGGCUCAGAAACCUGGAGCAGUUUGCCCGUCUGGAAGACUGUGUUCUCUUGGCAACAGAUGUGGCAGCUCGGGGUCUGGAUAUGCCUAAAGUUCAACAUGUCAUCCAUUACCAGGUGCCCCGCACCUCAGAGAUUUAUAUCCACCGGAGUGGUCGAACUGCCCGUGCUACCAGUGAAGGCCUCAGCUUGAUGCUGAUUGGGCCCGAGGAUGUGAUGAACUUCAAGAAGAUUUACAAAACUCUGAAGAAAGAUGAGGACAUCCCACUGUUUCCAGUGCAGUCAAAGUACAUGGAUGUGGUCAAGGAGCGGAUCCGCCUAGCCCGGCAGAUUGAAAAGGCUGAGUACCGGAACUUCCAGGCUUGUCUGCACAACUCCUGGAUUGAGCAGGCGGCAGCGGCCCUCGAGAUCGAGCUGGAAGAAGACAUGUACAAAGGAGGAAAAGCCGACCAGCAGGAAGAGCAUCGGCGACAGAAGCAGAUGAAGAUCCUGAAGCAGGAGCUACGCCAUUUGCUCUCCCAGCCACUCUUCCAGGAGAACCUGAAGACCAGGUACCCCACACAGUCUGGCAGGCUGCCUCAGCUUGUGGUGGCCCCCAGGAGUGGCGAGUCUGCGCUGAGCUGCCUCUCCAGACAGAAGAGGAGGAGGAGGAAGCCAAAAGAGCAUCGGGCACUGCCACAGCCAAGUUCGAGCACAAGCUAACUGCCCCCAGCGUGGUGACCACUUAGUGGUACCUCUCCUCUAGCUGUCUGUGAAAGCCUUCCUAGCCUGCGCUUCACUCCGCCAUCCACCCGGGAAAAUGUCUCACUCUUCCAUCUUUUAGCAAAAAAAGACCUCGUGCACACGUGUGUUGUGGAGUAAGUGUAGUGGCCCCAGCUGUCUCUCUGCAUCCAGUUUAUGCAGGCUUCUUGUGUACACCUUGGUUUCCCAAUUAAAAAACA